AUGGGUGGACGGCUAUCUAAUCGCAACGAAUCGCCGGAUUUUAUCAAUGGCGAUCUCGACAUAGACUUGCUAUUCCGCCAUGUAUCAGGCUUCAGCUGCGGCGAACUGAAGUCUGACUGUGCUCGCAAAUUCGUGAAUUCAACGGACAUGGCAGUCGGUGAGCGUGAGGCAUUUGAAUCUCGAGGAAUUUCACCAGGAUACGGUUUUCGAGCCCAUAUUCGUCGUCUGUGA